GAGGCCAGCGGGCGAGCUGACCCUCCUUUUGGGGCGCAGCGGGGCGGCCAGGUGCGGCGGGCCGGGCCGAGCCGGGCCGGGGCGGGGGCCGGGGCCGGGCCGGGGCCGAGGCCGCACCGGCGGGCGCAGCGCCCCCUGGGCGUGCAGGUUGCUGAGUGGCGAGGGGCGCGCGCGGGCUGCGGGGACGCGCGGGCGGCGAGGCCUGCGCGCCAGUCUGCGGGAGCCAUGCGGCCGACCAGGAGGAGCGCGUCCUCCGAGCCGCGCGGGCAGAAGCGGCCCGGGGUCUCCCGGGCUCCCGCCGCCGCCGCCUCAGCUCCCGGCGACACCCGCGCCCCGCGCCCCGCGGGCCAAGCCGGCGGCCGGAGCCGGGCGGCGAAGCAGCGGCCGAGGCCGUCGUCGCCGCGGGCCCAGGAGGCGGGCCCCGGGGAGCCUCCGCCAGAGCCGGCGCUGCCGCCGCCCCCGAUCCCGGCGACUCCGACGUCCUCGGUGGCCACGCUGGACCUGGGCGACCAGCGGGAGCGCUGGGAGACGUUCCAGAAGCGGCAGCGGCUCACCUUCGAGGGCGCCGCUAAGCUCCUGCUGGACACCUUCGAAUACCAGGGCCUGGUGAAACACACAGGAGGCUGCCACUGUGGAGCAGUUCGCUUUGAAGUUUGGGCCUCGGCAGACUUGCACAUCUUCGACUGCAACUGCAGUGUUUGCAAGAAGAAGCAGAACAGACACUUCAUUGUUCCUGCUUCUCGCUUCAAGCUCCUGAAGGGAGCGGAGAGCAUCACCACGUACACGUUCAACACUCACAAGGCGCAGCAUACCUUCUGCAAGAGAUGUGGGGUGCAGAGCUUCUACACCCCCCGCUCCAACCCCGGCGGCUUCGGAAUCGCCCCACACUGUCUGGAUGAGGGCACUGUGCGGAGUAUGGUCAUCGAGGAAUUCAAUGGCAGCGACUGGGAGAAGGCCAUGAAGGAGCACAAGACCAUCAAGAACAUGUCUAAAGAGUGAGCGCCCGCUCUCUCCCUUUCUGGAAAGGAGGAAUGAUGGGGCCAGCAGCAUGGCUGCCCCCUCUGCACUCAGCGGUGCCGGCGAGCGUGGCUGCCCCAGGCUGCCGGGCUCAGGCCGGCCACCAGCUCCAGCUCUGCCCUUGACUCCAGCUACAUUUCCUUAGGCAGCUCUUUGUCCUCCAUCAGCCUGGACUUCGAUGUAGACUAGUUGACAUCCUCUUUCUCUUCCCAACUUUUGUGUGAUCUUUUAGAAAAAUAAAUAUUUUAAUAUUAAAGCA